AACCCCUGAGUUCUAAACCCUAGUCACUCUUUGGCUUCACUCUUUGUUCCUCACAGAAAAGUGAAAACCCAGAUGCCAUCAAUGGCUUACAUUUCUCUCUCCAAACCCUCCCAAUGGCGACCCCGCUCCCUCACCCUCCUCCGCCUCUUCUGCUCUUCCACCGAAACCCCAACCCCCCAACCCGACCCGCAAAAUGGAUCCGCCGCCGCCCCGACGGCCCCAAGACCCAGGCAGCCGCGUCGGGUCCGGAGCCCGGAAAAGCCCGAGGACAUUAUCUGCAGAAUGAUGGCGAAUCGGGCCUGGACGACCCGGUUGCAGAACUCCAUCCGCGAUUUGGUGCCCGAAUUCGACCACCAUCUCGUCUGGAAUGUCCUUCACGGAGCCAAGACCUCCGACCAAGCCCUCCAAUUCUUCCGAUGGGUCGAGCGUUCCAGGUUGUUUCAGCAUGAUAGGGAGACCCAUUUGAAGAUAAUUGAGAUUCUGGGCCGAGCUUCGAAGCUCAACCAUGCCCGGUGUAUCCUACUAGAUAUGCCCAAGAAGGGUGUGCAAUGGGAUGAGGACCUCUUCAUUCAUCUUAUUGAUAGUUAUGGCAAGGCCGGCAUUGUUCAGGAGUCGGUCAAGCUUUUCAAUCAGAUGAAGGAACUGGGCGUGGAGCGGAGUCUCAAGUCGUAUGAGGCUCUGUUCAAGAGUAUUUUGCGGAGGGGGCGGUAUAUGAUGGGGAAGAGGUACUUUAAUCAUAUGUUGGCUGAGGGAAUAGAGCCGACUCGGCAUACUUAUAAUAUUAUGAUUUGGGGUUUCUUCUUGUCCUUGAGAUUGGAGACUGCAAAGCGGUUUUUUGAGGACAUGAAAAGUAGAGGAGUUAGUCCUGAUGUUGUCACCUAUAACACCAUGAUUAAUGGGUAUAAUCGGUUUAAGCUGAUGGAUGAGGCCGAGCAGUUGUUUGUAGAGUUGAAGGGAAAGAAUAUACAGCCCAAUGUUAUAAGUUAUACUACCAUGAUUAAAGGGUAUGUUUCUGUUGGGAGAGUGGAUGAUGGGUUCAGGCUGUUUCAAGAGAUGAAGUCUUUUGGUAUUAAGCCUAAUGAUGUCACCUUUUCGACUUUAUUGCCAGGCCUUUGUGAUGCGGAGAAAAAGGAUGAAGCUCAGAAUAUAUUGAGUGAGAUGGUUGAGAGGCAUAUUGCUCCCAAGGAUAAUUCAAUCUUUGAGAAAUUGUUAUAUUGUCAGUGUAAGUCUGGAGAUUUGGAUGCGGCAGCCGAUGUGCUCAAGGCAAUGAUUAGGCUGCACAUUCCGACAGAAGCUGGUCAUUAUGGUAUCCUUAUUGAGAACUUUUGCAAGGCCGGGGUGUAUGAUCGAGCAGUUCACUUGCUUGAUAAGCUAAUUGAGAAAGAAAUUAUUAUGAGGCCCCAGACUACUAUGGAAUUGGAGGCUAGUGCUUACAACCCAAUGAUUGAGCAUCUGUGCAACCAUGGGCAGACAGGUAAAGCUGAAGUCCUCUUCAGGCAGUUGAUGAAAAAGGGUGUUCAGGAUUCAGUUGCCUUCAAUAAUCUGAUCCGUGGGCAUGCCAAGGAGGGAAAUUCUGAUUCUGCGUUUGAGAUUUUGAAGAUUAUGGGUAGAAGAGGGGUUCCUAGAGAAGCAGAUUCCUACAAGUUGCUCAUUAAGAGCUACCUAAGUAAAGGUGAACCAGCUGAUGCUAAAACAGCUUUGGACAGUAUGAUUGAAAAUGGGCAUGUUCCAGAAUCAUCACUAUUCAGGUCAGUAAUGGAGAGUCUAUUUGAAGAUGGUAGGGUUCAAACGGCAAGCCGCGUAAUGAAGAGUAUGGUAGAGAAGGGAGUGAAUGAGAACAUGGAUUUAGUUGCCAAGAUCUUGGAAGCCCUCUUUAUCAGAGGUCAUGUUGAGGAAGCGCUUGGACGGAUUGAUCUACUUAUGCAAAGUGGGUGUGCACCUGAAUUUGACAGCCUCUUAUCUCUUCUUGCUGAAAAAGGAAAGACCAUUGCAGCUGUUAAGCUAUUAGAUUUUUGCCUUGAGAGAGAUUGCAUGGUAGAAUUUUCAAGCUAUGAUAAGGUGUUGGAUGCUCUCUUAGCAUCAGGAAAGACUCUAAAUGCGUACUCAAUUUUGUGUAAAAUAAUGGAGAAGGGAGGGGUCACUGAUUGGCGUAGCACUGACGAUCUGAUUAAGAGCCUCAAUCUAGAGGGUAACACAAAACAAGCUGACGUCCUCUCUAGAAUGAUAAAGGGAGGGAAGGAGAAAGCCAGUCGAAGUAAAAUGGGGAAGAAACAUGCAAGCCAUGCAGGACUGGGUGCUUGACAACCUAUAGAUCACUGGAAGAGUUAGCAAUGAAUUUCUUAACUUUUCUGUUUUGUGCAAUGUUGGGAGCUCAGCAUUUAGGAACAAAAGGAGGGAGAGUGCUUAUUUAAAGUGCUACUUUGCAGCAUUAGAUAUUAGCAUGUAGAGAAAUUGGGCAGCUUCCUCUUAGUGCUGGAUUCAUGUCCUAGCGAUGAGCUAUUUUGGUCUUUUCUCUCCAAAAAGUUUCCGUUAGUUAGAUUUUCCUUUACGUCACUUUCAUACAUCUUUGUUGGUUACUCUGAUGAUUUUUGCAUUGCCAGUUGAAAUUUUGGCACAAAAUUCAAUAAAUGCAGCCUGUUUCCAAUGUGUC